AUGGUGGAUCGGAGAAGCGCAUUGGGUUUUGUCUUGUUUUUGGUACUGUUGGACGGUUUUGUCGGACAAUCAUCACCGUCACGGACUCGAUUCGACGAGUGGCUCACUCUGCUUCGUCUCAGGUCUUCUCUUGGGUUAAGAGGAACGGAUUGGCCUAUUAAAGGUGACCCUUGUGGUGUAUGGAAAGGUAUACAAUGUGAUAAUAAUGGUAAUAUCAUUGGGAUCAAUAUUUCUGGUUUUAGGAGGACAAGAAUCGGUAAGCAAAACCCACAAUUCGCUGUUGAUCCUCUUCUUAAUCUCACUCGUUUGUCUUAUUUCAACGCAUCUGGAUUCUCAUUACCUGGUUCUGUUCCUGAUUGGUUUGGUCUUAGCUUUUCGACAACAUUGCAAGUCUUGGAUCUUAGUUCUUGUUCUGUAAGAGGUGUUGUUCCUUUUACUCUUGGUAAUCUCACUACUUUGAGGACUUUGAAUCUCUCUGGUAAUAGUUUUACGGGUUCAGUUCCUAGCAGUUUAGGGCAUUUGUCGAAUCUCUCAUACCUUGAUCUCUCUAGGAAUUCAUUCACUGGAGCUCUUCCUUCAUCUUUUAGCUCUCUGAAGAAUCUCUCGACUCUUGAUGUUUCUUCUAAUUACCUUACUGGACCAAUCCCUCCUGGUAUUGGAACGCUAUCGAAGCUCCUCUAUCUGAAUUUUUCCAGCAAUAGUUUCUCUUCUGAGAUUCCUUCACAGCUCGGCGAUCUUGUUAAUCUGGUUAAUCUUGAUCUCAGCAUCAAUUCAUUGUCUGGUUCAGUUCCUCAGGAGUUGAGAAAAUUGAGGAAUUUGCAGAAUAUGGUGAUUGGUGAUAAUCUCUUGAGUGGACUUUUACCAGUUGAUUUGUGUGAUGCUAGGAGUCCACUGCAAACUUUAGUUCUGAGGGAAAAUGGUUUCUCCGGUAGUCUACCUGAUGUGUGCUGGUCGCUGCCCAAAUUACGGAUUCUUGACAUUGCCAAGAACAACUUCACUGGAAUGCUGCCAAAUUCUAGUUCCGAUCCAAACCCGACAGCUGCAGAAAUGGUUGAUAUCUCCUCGAACAAAUUCUUUGGGGAGCUCACACAGAUUCUUAAAAGGUUCAGGGCCAUUAACCUCGCUGAUAAUUAUUUUGAGGGUACGGUUCCAGAUUAUGUGCUCCGGGCUAAGGUGUCUGUUACCAGCAACUGCCUUCAAACCCAGAGGGGACAGAAGUCUUUAGAAGAUUGUUCAUCAUUCUAUAAAGCUACGGGAUUAGUCUUUGAUGAUUUCGGACGCCCCAAUUCUACUCGACCUACAUCAAAAAAUGCAUCUUCAGGGAUAAGCCGCAGAACAGCAAUUAUAUUGGCCGCAGUGGGUGGUGGAAUUGGUUUUAUUCUGAUGGUUGUUGUCUUGCCAAUUAUUGUGGUUCUAUGCAUGCGCCGAAGAGGCAGAGCGGGUCAAAGAGGAAAUGAUGACAGGCCUAAACCUGCCGGGGAAGCUACACAACCACCUAGAGGAGCACAGACCUUUGAUUUGUCACGUCUUGGAAAUGCAUUUACAUACGAGCAGCUUCUUCUUGCAACUGAGGAGUUCAAUGAUACUAAUCUUAUAAAACGUGGCCAUUCUGGGAAUUUAUUCCGUGGUUCGUUGGAAAAUGGUAUACCCAUUGUUAUAAAGAAGAUUGACAUGCAGGAAAGUAAAAAUGAAGGCUAUAUAUCAGAAUUGGAAUUGUUUAGUAAGGCUGGACACCAGAGGCUGGUUCCCUUUCUGGGACACUGCUUGGGGAAUGGGAACCAAAAGCUCCUGGUCUACAAGUAUAUGAGGAACGGAGAUUUGGCAAGCGCUUUGUUUAGGAAAUCCGACAAUGAAGGUGAUGGAUUGAAGUCUUUGGAUUGGAUAACAAGGUUGAAGAUUGCUCUUGGUGCAGCCGAGGGACUAGCUUACUUGCAUCACGAGUGUACGCCACCUCUAGUUCAUAGGGAUGUACAAGCAAGUAGCAUACUUCUUGAUGAUAAAUUUGAAGUACGUCUUGGAAGUCUAAGCGAGGCAUAUGCUCAAGGUGAUGCUUAUCAAAGCAGGAUUUCUCGUUUACUUCGAUUACCACAAUCGACUGAAUCAUCAUCUUCAGGUGCAGCAAAUGCAACAUGCGCCUAUGAUGUCUACUGCUUUGGCAAAGUGCUACUUGAGCUAGUAACGGGGAAGCUCGGGAUUAGUUCACCAGAUAACACAGAAGCAAAAGAGUACAUGGAAGAAGCUUUACGAUACAUCAGCACAAACGAGAAGGAACUAGUGACCAAGAUAUUGGACCCGUCGUUAAUGGUGGACGAGGACCUACUAGAAGAAGUAUGGGCAAUGGCUAUCAUUGCGAAAUCAUGCCUAAACCCAAAACCAACAAGACGGCCAUUAAUGAGACACAUUGUGAACGCACUUGAGAACCCAUUGAAAGUAGUGAGAGAGGAUACCAACUCGGGUUCGGGUUCUUCACGGUUGAGAACAAACUCGUCAAGAGGGUCAUGGAACGCUGCUAUAUUUGGGAGCUGGAGGCAGAGCACAUCGGAUGUAACAGCGGUUCAGGCGGGAGGAACAAGCGGUGGUAACGGUUUGAGAAACUCGGGGUCGCAAGGGAGUAGCGGAAGGAACAAUAACAAUGGGAAUUCAUCGUCGAGAAGACGGCAAUCUAGUGAGAUAGUGCCAGAACCUGCUGCUUAUGUAGAAGAUGUAUAA